AUGAAUUAUGGUACAUUUGAUCAAGCAAAGAAACAAACAGUUAUCGUUUUGAAUGAACCAGAAGACGACGACUCGAUAAAUAUAAUCGCCGAGCAAAUUCCUUAUACUAAAACGCCAAAAUCGCGUUCAAGUCAUGAAAGUCGUUAUAAUAUAUUCCGAAAUACUAUUAAUGAAGUGAUUUGGACUAUUU